AUGACGAUUUUUAUAGCAUUAAAAGAUGCUUAUAAUAUUUUGAUUCAUCAGGAACGAGAAGAUCCAGAAUUUGCACUUGAUAUGAAGAAAGCUGAAGCGGAAUUUGAUAAAAGAAAAGUAAAGAUGCAGAUUUACUUUGAGCAAGUGAAAAAUGCAGAAAAGGUGAAAAUAGACAUGAUUCCACUACCCGAAGCGCCCAGUCUUGACACAAAUAGGAGAGAUUUUGUUGGAAGAAAAUUUAAAUCAGACAACUUCGGUCAAGCGCCGAUGUCAGCCCGACUGGAGAAGAGCAAAUUUUGUCUUAAUAAGCUCGAUUCAACAUUUUUUAAAUAUCAGGAAUGA